AUGCGAUUCAACAAUAAAGAAAUGAUUCACGUCAGUCACUCGAAUCCUGUUCUUGAAGGCCGGAUGUCCUAUGCAAAGAUGUCUAACGGAUACGCUUCCAAAGGUUUCAAGGAAAGAUGGUUUCGACUCAAGUACAACUUAUUAUUUUACUUUAAAAUAAAUGGAUUUGGGCAAGUUGAUUUACAUCAACCAGCUGGUGUUUUUGUUUUGGAGAAUUCUAUUGUAAGACUUGAGAAUAAUACGCCAGGAACAUUAUUUUCAUUUUCUCUUUCGUUUAAAGACGAACCAGAUAAAAAGUAUAUUAUUUCUAGUCAGUCUGAGGAUCACGUUCAUCAGUGGAUCAAAAGUAUUCAAAGCUCAACGUAUGAAUAUAUGAGAACCCGAAUGACGUCGAUACAAAAAAAAAUCGUGGAGCUUACUGGAAGAGAUCCGCUGUUGAUGUAUCCAGAAGAAGGGAAGAAAAUUGGGCGGACGAAAAGAUCGGUGGCGGAUGAAGACGAUAGCGAUUUAUUUUUCAACCCACCGCCGUCGGAUCCACUCCCUCCACCCAGGCACAAACACGACGCCGGCAAAACGGCCGACACGAAUCUAAUCGAACUGUAA